CCUGGGCGACACAGUGAGACUCUGUCUCAAAAAACAAAAAGGAACAAAGACACCUGCACUCAUAUGUUUAUGGCAGUACUAUACACAAUAGCAAAGUUAUGGAAUCAACUAAGUGUCCAUCAAUGGAUGACUAGACAAAGGAAAUGUGGUGUAUGAGUAUGCAUGCACACACAUACCAUGGAAUACUACUCAGCUAUUAAAAAAAGAAUAAAACCAUGUCUUUGCAGCAACAUUAUCUCAAGUGAAGUAACUCAGACAGUCAAACAUCUAAUGUUCUCACUUAUUAGUGGAGGCUAAAUAAUGUGUGCACAUGGACAGACAGAGUGGAAUAAGUGACACUGGAGACUACAAAAGGUGGGAGAAUGGUGAGGGAUGAAAAAUCACUACUGUGUACAAUGUACACCAGGUGAUGGCUACACUAAAAGCCCAGACUUGGUUGGGCGCAGUGGCUCAUGCUUGUAAUCCCAGAACUUUGGGAGGCUAAGGCAGGAGAACUGCCUGAGGCUAGAAGUCUGAGACCAACAUGUGCAACACAGUGACCCCAUCUCUAUAAAAAAAAACAAAAAAUUAGCCAGGUGUGGUGGCAGGUGCCUCUAGUCCCAGCUAUUUGGGAGGCUGAGGCAGGAGGACUGCUUGAGCCCAGGAAACUGAGACUGCAAUAAGCCGUGACCACCACUGCACCCCAGCCUGGGUGACAGAGCAAGACCCCGUCUCUUAGGGAAAAAAAAAAAAAGGCCCAGACUUUACUACUGUGCAAUAUAUCUAUGUAAGAAGACUACACUUGUAUCCCUUAAAUCUAUUAAAACAACCUAUUAAAAACAAACAGACACACAAGUCUAUAGUGCUUGAGUUUAACCAGAAUAUAUAAGGGAUACCUGUAAAAUAUUUCCAUACUGUAACAAGGUAACACGUGACAAAUAAUAAGAGAAUAUUUAUAAAACAACAAGCAGCUCUGGAAAGUCACUCAUUAUAUACAUUACUUUAAAAAAAAAAAAAAAACACGUAAUACUUGUAGCAAAGAGGAUACUAUAUACAUAAUUAAUGUUUAAAAUGUUCAACAGGCCAAGGUCAGAAGUUCGAGACCAGCCUGGCCAACAUGGUGAAACCCCAUCUCUACUAAAUACACGAAAAAUUAGCUGGGUGUGGUGGCCCAUGCCUGUAGUCCCAGCUACUUGGGAGGCUGAGGCACAAGAAUCACUUGAACCUGGGGGGUGGAGGUUGCGUGAGCCGAGAUUGCAUUACUGCACUCCAGUCUGGGUGAUAGAGCGAGACUCUGUCUCAAAUAAUAAAUAAAUAAACAAACAAAUAAAUAAAUAAAUAAAAUGUUCAAUAAUUAUGGUCCAUCCUAAAUAUCUGCUUUCCCUCCUAAAAUUAGCAAUUCAAGAAAUUUGGAGGGUUGGAAUUGAUACAGGCAGGGCCUGGGGUGGAUGGACUAUUAAAAAAAAAAGAAAUUCAGAGGGGGAAAACCCAGUUCCUAAAUGAGACAUUUUUCUACCCCUUGAUUAGUGUUAAACUCACCUUCCAUGCAUUCAUUCACAGAUUCGUAGUCAGCAUAAGUUCUGCCUUCUGGCCUCUUGGUAGGCUGUACCAGCAAAAUGGUGUGAGACUGCAGGGGGAAAACAUGAUUUCAAUAUAAGUUUCUAUUUGAGAAAUUCAUAGUAUGAUAAAAAAAAUCCCCAUUUCUAAUGCAAUAAUGAUUGCUAGUUAUUAAAAUGUAAUUAGAGAGGCCAGGCAUGGCAUCCCAUGCCUAUAAUCCUCGUCCUCUGGGAGGCUGAAAGGGGGAAAAUCACUUGAGGCCAGAAGCUUGAGACCAACCUGGGCAACAUAGCAAGACCCUAUCUCUACAAAAAAAUAAAAUUUGCCGGGUGCAUGCCUGUAGUCCUAGCACUUUGGAAGUCUAAGGCAGGAGGAUUCCUUGAGCCCAGGAGGCUGAGACUACAGUGCACCAUGAUCACACCAUUGCAUCGAAGAGUGAGGCCCCAUCUCUUAAAAGAAAAAAAAAAAUUAGGAUACUUUUUCCACAAAAAUAUUUAUGUCUUAGUCUAAGUGUUGUAUCUAGCUGGAUUCACAACUCUGCUGUACGGUCUCCCUAAGUCUCCCAGUCCUACUGUACUUACUGCCUACAAGUAAUCAGUAUAAGCUACCUUGCCCUCCUUUUUCUUUUGUAUCUUUUCUUCCCAACUAAAUUAUAAACCUGCUUAGGUUUUCUGUCUCCAGUGGUCACUUUCCAUCUUUAAUGCUCUUAAGUCACUAAUAAAAACUCAGAUGGGCUGAUGAAAGGAAACAAAAGGGGAAAUAGUAUAAUAAUCACAAGCAUGGUUUCAACUUAAGCUUUUUUUCCAACCUUAGCAUAAGAGCAAAGUCACAUUUUAUCCAGGGGUUAGACUUAACACUAAAGCAGUAGAUAAAUUAGCAAUAUAAACAUAUUGUAAGAAUUACCCUUAAAAAUCCAUUAAACUAUUCACCUAGUAGAUGACUUGCCUUACUGGGCUUUCUCAUACCAAAAUCACGUAUUAGAAUCACACAGAAAGUUAGGUCAUCACAUUAUGAGAAAUGUGAAAUAUGCCCAAAAAAUAGCAGACAGACUUGUCUUCCACUUUCUGCUCACUGGGAAACAUGUUUUUGUUAGUGAUCAGUCACUAACAAAUCAAUCUCAGUGUUUCUCAACCUGGGCUCUACUACAUUUUGGGUUGGCUGAUUCUAUUACAAAUAUCCCUUGGGGAACAAAAAAUCUCAUCCAGCUGAGAAUUCACUGGUCUGUUGAAAAUAUGACCCAUCCAAUUUUUUGCUACAUGUGUAAGGUUAAUUAAAUGCAAGUAUGAUGCAACUCCACUGUAAACCCAGUCCCAAAUCAAACUAUUCACUUCUUUCCUUCUCUUCUGCUGUACUAGUAUUUUUCAGCCAAAAACCAGAAAACAAAAAUUUCCUAACAACAGGAACCCUAAAAUGUUUUGGAAUGAUUUUUUUUUUUUUGAGACAGAGUUUUGUUCUUGUUGCCCAGGCUGGAGUGCAAAGGCACGAUCUCAGCUUACUGCAACCUCUGCUUCCUGGGUUCAAGCGAAUCUUCUGCUUCAGCCUCCCAAGGAAGCUGAGACAGGAGAAUUGCUUGAACCCAGGAGGCGGAGGUUGCAGGGGUCUGAGAUCGCGCCACUGCACUCCAGCCCGGGCGACAGAGUGAGACUAUCUCAAAAACCAAACAAAACACCACCCCCACGCCUCCAUCUACCAAGUAACAAUCGGGAGAGAGCUCAUCCUCAGGCCCAAGGCACGCCUGACCCGAGCGAGCCGGCGGGCGCGCAACCGCAGGGCGGACCGGGGCUCCGAGGCCUAGAGUCAGGCCUGGCGUCCCUGCGGCGGGAAGAAGUAUCAAUUCACCGACUGGAGUGGCGGGGUGCAUCACGCCGCGCUGCAUGGGGCUCGUGGGGAGGGGAAAAUGUAUGGGGCUGGGGUCGCUCUGGAGGCCAGGGACUCGGACUCGGGUAGCCGCGGAGGCCUUUCUCACCAUCGCGCCAAACUCUCUUCGCUGCAGCAGCUGCCGACACCGCCACCGUUACACGAGCUUAGCCACAACGCCGCUAACAGCCAAUCCUCGCGAGAGGAGCCGCCGGAAGUCGUCGAAAGUGCAACGCAAAAGAGCCUUUUGGAUCAUAGAGGCACAGUCACUUCCGGCAGCUAGAGCAGCUACUGACUCUGUUUCAGCCAUCUUCGAUAAAGGCAAAAAGGAACGACUGAAGCUGGUGACUGUUUUGGGUGCUGGCCUUCUCUGUGGAACUGCUCUGGCGGUCAUCGUGCCUGAAGGAGUACAUGCCCUUUAUGAAGAUAUUCUUGAGGGAAAACACCACCAAGCGAGUGAAACACAUAAUGUGAUUGCAUCAGACAAAGCAGCAGAAAAAUCAGUUGUCCAUGAACAUGAGCACAGCCACGACCACACACAGCUGCAUGCCUAUAUUGGUGUUUCCCUCGUACUGGGCUUCGUUUUCAUGUUGCUGGUGGACCAGAUUGGUAACUCCCAUGUGCAUUCUGCUGACGAUCCAGAAGCAUCAAGGUCUAGCAAUUCCAAAAUCACCACCACGCUGGGUCUGGUCGUCCAUGCUGCAGCUGAUGGUGUUGCUUUGGGAGCAGCAGCGUCUACUUCACAGACUAGUGUCCAGUUAAUUGUGUUUGUGGCAAUCAUGCUACAUAAGGCACCAGCUGCUUUUGGACUGGUUUCCUUCUUGAUGCAUGCUGGCUUAGAGCGGAAUCGAAUCAGAAAGCACUUGCUGGUCUUUGCACUGGCAGCACCAGUUAUGUCCAUGGUGACAUACUUAGGACUGAGUAAGAGCAGUAAAGAAGCCCUUUCAGAGGUGAACGCCACGGGAGUGGCCAUGCUUUUCUCUGCUGGGACAUUUCUUUAUGUUGCCACAGUACAUGUCCUCCCUGAGGUGGGCGGAAUAGGGCACAGCCACAAGCCCGAUGCCACGGGAGGGAGAGGCCUCAGCCGCCUGGAGGUGGCAGCCCUGGUUCUGGGUUGCCUCAUUCCCCUCAUCCUGUCAGUAGGACACCAGCAUUAAAUGUUCAAGGUCCAGCCUUGGUCCAGGGCCGUUUGCCAUCCAGUGAGAACAGCUGGCGUGUGACAGCCACUCACUUCCUCAGUCUCUUGUCUCGCCUUGCGCAUCUCCACAUGUAUUCCUAGAGUCCAGAGGGGAGGUGAGGUUAAAACCUGAGUAAUGGAAAAGCUUUUAGAGUAGAAACACAUUUACAUUGCAGUUAGCUAUAGACAUCCCAUUGUGUUAUCUUUUAAAAGGCCCUUGACAUUUUGAGUUUUAAUGUUUCUCUUAACCCUAUUCUCAGGGAAGAUGGAAUUUCGUUUUAAGGAAAAGAGGAGAACUUCAUACUCAAAAUGAAAUAGUGAUUGUGAAAAUACAGUGUUCUGUAAUUAAGCUGUGUCUCUUUCUUCUUAGUUUAGACGCUCUACCACUUUAUCCAUUGAUUUUUAACAUGGUUCCCACCAUGUAAGACUGGUGCUUUAGCAUCUAUGCCACAUGCCUUGAUGGAAGGUCAUAGCACCCACUCACUUAGAUGCUAAAGGUGAUUCUAGUUAAUUUGGGAUUAGGGUCAGGAAAAUGACAGCAAGACACUUUGAAAGCUCACUUUAUACUCAAAAGAGAUAUCCGUUGAAAGGGGAUGUCUAGAGGGACUUAAACAGCUCCUUUGGCACGUGCCUCUCUGAAUCCAGCCUGCCAUUCCAUCAAAUGGAGCAGGAGAGGUGGGAGGAGCCUCUAAAGAGAUGACUGGUAUUUUGUAGCAUUCCUUAUCAAGUUCUCCAUUGCGGAAUACCUGUCUCCACAUUCCUAGAGAGGAGCCAAGUUCUAGUAGCGUCAGUUCUAGGCUAUCCUUCAAGAACAGUCAGAUCACAAGUAUCUUUGGAAAUUAAGGGAUAUUAAAUUUUAAGUGAUUUUUGGGUGGUUAUUGAUAUCUUUGUAGUAGCCUUUCGUAAAAGACUACCAAAAUGUAUGGUUGUCUGUUUUUUGUUGUUUUUUUCCUUUUUUUUUUUUUUCUAAGUAUUUCUCUUAGCAGAUCAGCAAUCCCUCUAGGGACCUAAAUACUAGGUCAGCGUAGGGGACACUGUGUCUUCUCACAUAACCACCUGUAGCAAGAUGGAUCAUAAAUGAGAAGUGUUUGCCUGUUGAUUUAAAGCUUAUUGGAAUCAUGUCUCUUGUCUCUUCGUCUUUUCUUUGCUUUUCUCCUAACUUUUCCCUCUAGCCUCUCCUCCCCACAAUUUGCUGCUUACUGCUGGUGUUAAUAUUUGUGUGAGAUGAAUUCUUAUCAGGACAACCACUUCUCGAACUGUGAUAAUGAAGAUAAUAAUAUCUUUAUUCUUUAUCCCCCUUCAAAGAAAUUACCUUUGUGUCAAAUGCCGCUUUGUUGAGCCCUUAAAAUACCACCUCCUCAUGUGUAAAUUGACACAAUCACUAAUAUUCUGGUAAUUUAAACAAUUGAGAUAGGAAAAGUGUUUAACAAACUAGGAUAAUUUUUUUUUCAUAUUUGCCAAAAUUUUUGUAAACCCUGUCUUGUCAAAUAAGUGUAUAAUAUUGUAUUAUUAAUUUAUUUUUACUUUCUAUACCAUUUCAAAACACAUUACACUAAGGGGGAACCAAGACUAGUUUCUUCAGGACAGUGGACGUAGUAGUUUGUAAAAACAUUUUCUAUGACGCAUAAGCCAGCAUGCCUGUGAUUUAUUUCCUUCAUGAAUUUGUCACUGGAUCAGCAGCUGUGGAAAUAAAGCUUGUGAGCCCUCUGCUGGCCACAGUGAGGAAAGUAGCACAAAUAGGAUACAGUUGUAAGUAGUCACUGGCAACAAUUGCAUACAAUUUUACCACCAAGAGAAGGUAUGGUAUGGAAAGUCCAAAUGACUUCCUUGAUUGGAUGUUAACAGCUGACUUGUGUGAGACUUGAGGUUUCAUCUGGUCCUUCCAAACUAUAUGGUUGCCUAGAUUCUCUCUGGAAACUGACUUUGUCAAAUAAAUAGCAGAUUGUAGUGUCUGGUUUGGUUUGGACAGUAGUGCUUUCUAUCAUGUUGUGUGCAAUGGUAAUUUGUUCUACUGGCCAAAGCCUCUUUCAGCAGUGCCUUGCCAUCAUGCUUAAAAGUUUGGCUAGUAUAUCUUGCUGGAUAGAGCCUUGAACUCUGGCAAGGAUUGAACCAUCUGACUUCCAAAUUUGCCUUCCCCUCUGGACCUCACUAUUAACAAGCAAACCUUUCAGGGCCCUCUUAGCUCUCAGAAGCUAUGUAUGGGCUUUCCCAGAUUUUAAAGCUGCUGCCUCGAGAAUUACUCAUUUCUCUCCUGGUCAGCAGGCAGAAAUAGCCAUACUAAUCUCAUAGGGCUCAAAUGCAUCUUCAGGCAGCAGGGAACCAAGCAGCGUGGCACAGGCCUUCUUGACUGGAGGAAGAGCUUGCUGGCGUGGUGGGCAGUGUUCCAGGAGAGGCCGUGUCCGUGUUCACUUCUUGGCACAUUUCAGUUCCGUUUUCCUCUUGUUUAAAACUGCCUCUUUAGAUGUGGAUGCCUUAAUGCUGUAACACAUUUGAAAACAUUGGCAAUACUUAAGUUGCUGCCAUGAUUACGGAUGGAAUUAUUGGCUACCAAAGAGAUGCAAUUGAUGAUGAAAAGCAUGAUUCUUCCUUGCAUAUAACCAAAGUUAAUCUUAAUUGCAAUUUGACUCCGUUUCCUUGGUAGGGAUAGACUUUCUUCAGAUUCCAAGUGCUCUCUUAAAUGGCAAAUUAAGUUAAAGAAUACUACUGCUCCAUUCCCCUCACUUAUUCUCCAGCUAAUUGCUUGUCAGUUCUCAUUUCAUGAAAGCAGUGAUGUUCCAGGUUUGAUUCAGUUUUCCUGUGCACACUGUUGCCAAAUUUUUUUUUUAGCAAAGAUUCUGCACUGGAACGUAGAUAGUUGGAAACAGUACUACCUACCUAGAGGUUAUGUGUUUUCUCUUUCUCCCCCCUUUCACCUCUUUCUUUCCCAAUUCAAAACAGCCAAGUGAGCCCUGUUCUGGUAUUUUGAAUCAUUAGAGAAAAGAAAGGGAGUGGCUGUUUUGAGUUGUCCUUUCUUUGCAGAAAGGAGAAAAUGUGAUUUUUUUUUUUUUACCAGCCUACUUCUAAGUGUCACUGCCUGGUUUUUCUCUUUUUCAAGAAUUAGAACUAAGAGGACACACCAGCAUCGGAGUGUAUUAAGCCCCUGAAAUACAUGGUAGCUAGGGACUGAACACAGGAACUGUAUGACAGCAGCACAAACCCCCAAAGGACGUUCCUGCCUUGUGGGCCCCUGAGCCCCUUGGGAGACUGAGAAUCAUGACCAGAUUCAUCCAGAACUGCUGCAGUGUUAAGUGAAAAUCCUCUGUAGUUGUUCUGCAGAGGAACCUUCCUUCCAUUAGAAAAUUUCUGCUCAAUACAGAAUGGUCCACAUCACCCAAAGCGCACUGUUGGAGAUGCUGUGAAAUUAAAACCUCUUUGUACCUGAGACAUCUAGAUUCACCUCAGGAGACCUGAAGGAGAUGUGUAACUUGUGGGAAAGAACUAGACAACCAUUUAGGAAUUCUCUAGAUGUACUCAGCCUAACCCAGUGGCUUCACACAAGGAGAUUGGCUUUGAUCAUUUUUUCUUGUGGCAUCUUCCAGCAAGUUAGAAGUCUCAUGGGAUAAGACUGCAGUUCCCCUGGUUCAGUAGCUGGAACAGUGAUUUUAAAUGUCCCUUUUUCUGGAUCCCUUGUAAACAUGAAAUCAUUCCAUGGAUGGCUGCCUUAUAAUUUUGUCUCUUUCCACUUUAAUUGUGAAUGGUUAAAAAAAUGCUGUUUUCUGAUAUUAAAUUUUUAUUAGUGCAUAACUUAA